AUGGAAUUCGAUGAUGAUAUACAUUUUAAUAAUAAUAUCAGUGAUGAUAUCAAUGAAAAUCAUUCAUUAGAUGAAAUAAUUAAAUCAUCAAAUAUUGAUGAUGAUUCUCAUUUAUUAACUGAACAAACAAUAUUAAUAACUUCCAAUCGUCGACCUAUAAGAUCAUCAGCUAAUCGUCGAAUAACUGGUGAUAAUGAACAAAAUACAUCAUCAAAUAUAAAUGAACCUGAUCCUAAUGUCUUUCUUAUUUCAUCUGAUACAAAUUCUCAUAAUACAAUACGUAAAACAAAACAUGAUGUUAAACGUUUUGUUAUGUAUAUAGAUG